AUGUUUGUCUCCUGCGACGUUGCAGGCGUCUCCGGUCUUGUCGCACACGAGGUGCCCGACGGCCUGGACCUCCUCGAUCACGGGAGCGGCAGUAGGCCCGCCGCAGCCGGCUUCGACAGGCGCCGCUGCCCCUCGUGUGCAGCUCCGCGCGCUGCGGCCGCGGCGCAGACGUGCGCCCGCCUGGCGCUCAGCACACCGCGCAGGCCAGCCAGCGCGGCACCGCAGGCCGCCUGGCCUCUGGAGGCAGCGCGGCAAGCGCAGCUCCAGGCUCAGCGCUCGCCGCGGCUCGGGCUGGCGGUGUGUCCAUCGGGGCGCCUCGGGCAGAGGCGCGGCGGUGAUCUUUGCGGUGUUCGGCAAACUCGGCAAUGCCGCGCACAGCGUGAGGCAUGCAUCGGAAGGUACUCAAGUACGCCGCGGCAACUCGGCGAUAUAAUUUGA